AUGGAGGCGGAGAGCAGUGCGCCAGUCGCGGCCGGAGAAUGGGACCAGUCCACGGGCGACGAGGUGGAGGAGAAGGGCCCAGACGGAGCCGUGUCCCAGGCGGCUGACUGCGCUCCUGCGGCCGGGGUGGAGGUGGUGUGUUCCGGAGAGGGCUCCCACAGAGACGGGAGGAGGAGAUCCAAGCGGAUGCCGAACUUUAAACAGCCGCCGCCCCGACCAGAGGAUGAGCGCUGCAGUGGCUGCCAAGUGAAGUUCGAGCGCCAGGGCCGAAGAUUCAACCGCCGAGCCCUGUGCACCUUCACCAACGUGUACACGGCACGCUGGACCUUCCCACAGGCCGCGGCCGAGCUUCAGGAGACCAGCUUCUUGUGUGAGACCUGUGCCCAGCUCAUCCGCAGCAAGUACAGGAAGAGGCAGUGCGGCAAGAGGACACUGUGGACCAGACCCAUGAACGAACUGCAGAGGGACACAGAGACUCACCUUAAGAACAAGCGAACGGGGAAGAAGUCCAGAGCGGCCAUGUUGGUGAGCAAAUCUCGCUACAAAUCGGCCUUCAGAGUCCUGUGGUCCGCCAGAGGAGCCAGGAAACCCAUGAUGGACUUCAUCAGCAACCAACUCAAACUGGAGGUGAGGCCGCUUUCAUAG